AGCAUGUAUCAAAGAACAGUAAACAAUUUAAUAUUUAUGGAUUACUUAAAAUGGUAUUCAAAGACAUUCGGAGGUGUUGGCUAAUGAUCGUCUACAGAUGGGAGUGUCCUCCUCAUUACUGCAUAAAAGCACACUUACAUCUCUACCUGGCGUUAUUCCGAAAAAUCAGUUACCUUACCACAUCAGUUCACUAGUGCCGUUUAUUUCAUUCCUCAAAAUGAUUUGCUCCAAAUGCUCAACUCCCGCUGACUGCCAGUUCAAUGUGGAGGGAAAGGUGUUCAACGAUCCCAUACAUGGGCUUGUGCCAAUGCACCCUUUGCUGGUCCGCAUCAUUGACACACCCCAGUUCCAGAGGCUUCGCUACAUCAAGCAGCUUGGAGGGGGCUGCUACGUCUAUCCUGGGGCCUCCCACAACCGCUUUGAGCACUCCAUAGGAGUGAGUCACCUGGCAGGGAGACUGGUCAAGGAGCUGAAAGAGCAGCAGCCAGAACUUCAAAUCACUUGCAGAGACUUCCUCUGUGUGCAGAUUGCUGGCCUCUGCCAUGACCUGGGACAUGGCCCUUUCUCCCAUUUGUUUGAUGGGAUGUUUAUCCCCAAAGUCAUUGUUGGAAGUACAUGGAAGCAUGAGAAUGCGUCCGUCGCCAUGUUUGACCACCUUGUCUCCAAAAAUACAUUGGAGAUGGAGCAGCAUGGUCUGGUCCUGCCUAAAGACCUGGACUUCAUCAAGGAACAAAUUGCUGGGAAGUGGCCUUACCAAGGCAGACCAGAGAAGUCUUUCCUGUAUGAUAUCAUAGCCAAUAAAAGAAACGGUGUUGAUGUUGAUAAAUGGGACUACUUUGCCAGGGACUCCUACUACCUAGGUCUUCAGAGUAACUUUGACCAUGACCGCUUUAUCAAAUUUGCCCGAGUCUGCGAGGUGGAUGGGGAGUCUCAGAUCUGUACCAGAGACAAGGAAGUGGACAACCUGUAUGACAUGUUCCACACCCGAUUCAGCCUCCACAGACGAGCCUACCAGCACAAAGUGGUAGAAGCCAUUCAGCUCAUGAUCAGAGAUGCCCUUGUCGAAGCAAAUCCUUUCAUCUUGAUUGAAGGCUCUGGGGGGGGAAUGUUCAGAAUGUCAGAGGCCAUAGAUGACAUGGAGGCCUACACUAAACUCACAGAUCAUGUAUUUGAGCAGAUCCUCCACUCCCCCUCUCCUGAACUGGAUAAGGCAAGAAAGAUUCUAGAGAGAAUCACCCACCGACAUCUCUACAAGUGUGUGGGCCAGAUCUUACAGGUGUGUGGGGGUAUAAAGGACAGGGUCACGGACAACUUGGAGGACGAGGUCAUGGACAAGGUCAAGAAAUGGCAAAGUGACGUGGCGAGUAAAAUGAAUUUGGAUGCGAAUGACUUUGAACGUUGUGUCGUCAAAAUUGACUAUGGGAUGAAAGAGAACGACCCCAUUGACCAAAUGCGCUUCUACAGUAAGAAGGAACCUACCAAAGCUUUCAAAAUCUCCAAAGACCAGGUGUUAUACCUCAAGCCAGAGAGAUUUUCACAGCAUCAGAUCAGGAUCUUCUAUAAGAAUGAGACUGAUGAAGAGACUAUGCAGAACAUUAAGGAUGACUGGAGCGGCAGCUUCCCCGAAUCACAUGAUGAACCCCAGAAUGAGUGAGGGCCAGAACAGAAGAUCAGGAGAACCAAGGAAUAAAGAAAGUCUGAGCGUUCUCCCCAGAGAUCCCUCUUCUCAAAUGAUGAAGCACAGUGAUAUUUAGUAGGUGUCUACUGUGCAUUGUGCUGUGGAACAGAUGUGUAACUGGUCUUAUUGUUAAACUGCUAUGCUUCUUGAAACUGCACCCAAGACUUUCACCCACUGGUGCACUUGUGUUCAUGGUUGAGUGACAAAACUGAUUGGUUUUGGUUUAAUAGAGAUGAUGACAGUUAUUAAGAUGCAAAAAAAGAAAUGUCACUGAGUCAGCCCUGUUCAAUCACUUUAUUCAAUUUCUGCCUUUUCUCCAAUCACUGAGUUGUCAUCUCUUUAAUAAUGUUAAGAUGAUUUUUAUGUAAGGAAAACCUCAAUAUUUAAGAAUGGCUUAUUGUUAGGUGCAAAUGAAUUGGAAUGCAAGCAUCAAAAAUGUUUCUUUAUUUUUGUGUUUUUUGGGUGUUGAAGACAUGUUGAUUCUGUCUGGGAUUUGAAACUAAGUUAACAUCGUAAUCGUAGCCUACAUAUUUAACAUUGACUAUUCAAAUAUUUAAUAGGUGUGGAAGUGGGCUGAGCCUUUCAAUAUGUUAUUCCAAUGACUGCUUACCCUGCGUGUCAUUUUAGUGUUUAGUUUAAGUUUGUCUCCCUCUACAGGACGAGAUCAGAAUCAGAACCGGUUUUAAUCACCAUGAAAAUGUGCACAGACAAGGAAUUUGGUUUGGCAAGAAGGUGCAUACAUUAAACAUAUAGGAAUCUCAAAAAUGUUAAUAUGAGAUCUAACUAUACUAAAGGUACAUAGGCUAGCAAUACUUGGAAAUAAAAUACACAAUAAAAUAUAAAGUAUAAUAAAAAAAUUACAAUAUAGAAAUACAAAUCUUACAAAAAAUACAAAUGGUACAAAAGAUACAAAUUGUGUAUUGUAGUGCAAUAUAAGAUAAAUAAUAAGAUCAUGUUCAAUAGGCCCAGGUGUGGCUUCCUGAGUGCAAAAAAGCAGAUUCGAUCUUGGGAUCCUGAUUUAUUUCCAAAUUUGUUUGUACCUGUCUUUUAAUCUGGAAUAUGAAAACUGAAUAAAAUAUAAAACAUCUAGUUUGGGUUUUCAACUACAACAAUUGUAGACAUUCCACUUCUUGAGCCCUUCUUGAGAAAGGAUGUUGCUAUGUAGUUACAUGGUAGUUGAUAUGCAGUGUUGCCAAUGUUUACAAUGUUUUCUAUUUCAUAGAUUUAAAUCAUGGCAUGCAAACACAGGCUAGUGGGUUCCAAUGGGAGGUAACCUGAGGUUAGACAGGCCCAUCUCAACUUUAGUGACCACCUUCUUCCCUUUUUGAAAGGUGUUUAAUCAUAAUUAUGCCAAAUAAUUAUGAAUAAUUUAUAAUUGAGCCAAAAUAACAUUCCCCGUCACCAAGCACACCUUAAGCAGAGUCUGUUUAUUCUUCAUAAUACAUGCAUCUUUUUUCCAACAAUAAUAUUC